AAACGAAACGUAACUUACGGCUCAAGGGCCCUGGCAACACUGCAAAUAUUAUACGAACAUCCAUGUUUAUUCGAAAUGAUAAAGAAAUAUUUUUGCCCAAAUAAAGCUAAUAUUUGAUAAACAACGUUAACAGUAGAAAUAAAAAUGGAUUUCGAGAGUCCGGACGUAGAAAAAGACUUUCCAGGUCUCUACGCUUCCGAGAGUGGACGAAAAAGCAAUGAAAGUGACUUUAGCGACGGAGGUGAGCAUGAGAAACCAAGUAAAAAGGAUCUAUUGGGACGACGGAAGGACAAGAAAGAAUCAAAGAAAGACAGGGGCUAUGCAGCGCUUGAGGGAGAGAGCUCUCCGGAAGAAGACACUGAUACCAAUCCAUCAAAAUCAAAGAAAACGAAGUCAUUCAAAUUUCCAACCAAGAGUAAAGAGAAACGGGAGAAGUCACGUGACAAGGAGAAGGUUUUAGAAGAUGCUGUCAAACAACGAGAAUUGAAUGAAAAAGAAAAGAAGAAGGAGAAAGAGAGAGAACGGGAACGAGAGAAGGAAAAGAAAGAAAAGGAAAAACGAGAGAAAUUAAGGGAAAAGGAUAAAGAAAAGAAGAGAAAGCUAAAUUUAAAUUGGAAUCUAAAGAGAAACUCAAAGAUGAGAAGAAAGAAAAGACAAAAGAUAAGGACAAAGAUAAAGUUAAAGAUAAGGAGAAAGAAAAGGUGAAAGAAAAGGACAAAGACAAGAAAGAUAAAAAAACUUGACGAGGGUUCCGUCUACAGUGACUUCGGGCGUGCCGUUUGAGGAAAUAUUUACUUUAGGAGGUAAGUUCUUCUAC